GAAAGGACCGAAACUAUAUACGUUUAAGUGCACGUACGUGUAGCCGCCACAGUUGCAAGUCACACACUUACACAAGUUGUACAAGCGAUAACUGAAUUUCGAUCCUUUGCUUUUCAUUUUUCAAGAAAAAUAGAAUCAUCAUCUUCAUUACAAGCCCUUCACUUAUAUUCUCGAAAGGUAAUAAAAUCAUCCCUCUCAAACAUGUAUGUAUCUAAAAAAGCUGCUUUUGUAUCGAUGCUUUUUUCAGUUGUGCCGCCACAGUUAACAACGCCGCCAAGGGUGUUUGUUAAAAUGUCUGCAAGAGGGACUGAUGUUAAGAAUCAAGGAGUUCUAACAGCUGAUUCGUUAGUUAUUAAGCCUCCUGCUCAUCCUACUUAUGAUUUGAAAGCUGUUAUUAAGCUUGCGCUUGCUGAAGAUGCUGGAAAUAUAGGGGAUGUGACAUGUAUGGCCACCAUUCCAGCCGACAUGGAGGUUGAAGCCCAUUUCCUGGCAAAGGAGAAUGGAGUUGUUGCUGGCAUUGCACUUGCAGAAAUGAUAUUUAGCGAAGUUGAUCCUUCACUAAAGGUGGAAUGGUCAAAAAAGGACGGAGAUAAUGUUAGUAAGGGAUUGCAAUUUGGCAAAGUACAUGGAAGAGCUCACAAUAUUGUUGUUGCUGAAAGAGUUGUGCUAAAUUUUAUGCAGAGGAUGAGUGGAAUAGCUACGCUUACUAAGGCCAUGGCUGAUGCGGCAAAACCUGCAUGUAUACUAGAGACAAGGAAAACUGCUCCGGGUCUACGGCUGGUGGAUAAAUGGGCGGUACUAAUAGGAGGAGGAAAGAAUCAUCGAAUGGGUUUAUUUGAUAUGGUGAUGAUAAAAGACAAUCAUAUCUCUGUUGCUGGAGGUGUAGCAAAUUCUCUCAAGUCUGUAGAUCAGUAUUUGGAGCAAAAUAAUCUCCAAAUGGGUGUUGAGAUAGAAACGAGGACCCUUGAGGAGAUAGCUGAAGUGCUAAACUAUGCGUCCUUCACAAAGACUUCAUUGACUAGGAUAAUGUUGGAUAAUAUGGUUGUCCCAUUACCUGAUGGGGAUGUCGAUGUAACUAUGCUAGAAGCAGCCGUAAGACUGGUUGCUGGGAGGUUUGACACAGAGGCUUCUGGAAACGUGACCCUUGAAACUGUACACAAGAUUGGACAAACUGGCGUGACAUAUAUUUCCAGUGGUGCACUGACACAUUCUGUAAAAGCUCUCGACAUCUCCCUUAAGAUAGAUACAGAGCUUGCUCUCCAGGUUGGAAGGCGCACUAAUCGAGCAUAAACACCAUUCUCUUUCAGCGAUAUUAGUUUUAACUUGCAACUGCGCUAUGAUUAUACAUGAAUACAGUUGUCUGAUUUUCUGUAGAAUAAAAACAAAGUAUAUACAAGUUUUGCUAGUAAGCAUCCAGGAUAACUAGUCUCCUGAAUUGCAUCCAGAGGGUGAUGAGCAAACAGAUUUGGAAUAACAACAUUUUUGUAAUAGGAAAAUUUAAUACAGUAUGUUUUUGUUUUUAGGUUUCGUCUUGUCUAGUUGCUAUCCGUUAGGAUCCAAACCCUAGGAACAGCUGUUAGUACCCUGCCGUGUAAUAAUUGGGUUCCAUACAAAGCAGUAGAGUUUCCUGUUUUGC